GUCAUUUUCUUAUCAAGGCCAGUGCAUUUUUUUUAUGGGAUUAGUAUGUGUUUUAUUCUUAUUUGCAGGUAUUUCUAAAUAAAUUCCGUAUGAAUUGUGUUCAAAAUGAUGUGAGUCCACCAAAUAUUGUCGAUUUACAUCACAUUGGAAGUGUUUAAAGCGUUGAAAAUUAUUAUCGAAGCAAUUCGAAACGAUUUAUAAUCUUAAUUGAGAGCUGGUGAACCGAAAAUGGCGUUUUCUUUCCGUCGUAUGUUAUCCAAUAUAAAUUAUUUCAAGAAAAGUGGAGACGAGAACGUUUCUGAUGUAGCUGGACUUGGUGACCACGAAAAAACGUUCGAAACAUCUCAUGGAUCUCAAAACAUUGACUUCGGUCGUGCCGAGCCUGAUUCUACAUCCAAACACUGUGCUACCAGUUUGAAAUUGCCUGAUUCUGUAAAAAAUUUUGCCGCAAAAAAGGGUUCUUUGUCCGACACCGAUGCCCUCCCAAUAAAUAUUGAUGCGCCAAAUAAAAGGGAGAAAAGAAAAUCCAAAAAGUUAAAAAUCGACAUCCAGAAGUGUAGUCCAACAAUGGGUGACAUCGACAGUAGUUCAAAUAAUGUUGAAAACACUCCAAAACAUGUACUACUGGACAACAAAAGCACCGAUUUGUUCAGCCAACAUUUCAAAGGGAUCGACAUGAAUCAUUCCUUUGAUAUAUUUGAUGCUAUGUCAAAUUCAUCAUCUAUAUGUGAGGAGGACGAAUUUGAUAUUGAGUCACUUAGUGAUAGAUCAGAGACCGACAUUUCCUUAGAGUCCAUUCACAAGGAGGAGGUUAAAAUGUGUAGGAAAGUCGAACCAUUUAGUGAAAUACCAGACAACCAACUUGUGCCGUCAACUACUCCUGAAUCAUUUGGUGAUGUUGAAGUGGAAAGGAAUGAAGAGGAGAGAGUCACCCUGCUGCUCAACUAUCAGAUGAAAUUGGAGAAGCUAGAUUGUAUUCUCAGGAAGCUUCUCUCAGAAUUCAAGUUUCAUAUAGAGGUGUCCAAAGUUUUUCACUGUCGUUCAGUUGUGACUCCUCUACGGGGUACAGAUGUCAAGAACAUACCAAACACUUUGGGUGAAGUAACUUUCAUUGAUAAUGUGAGUCGUGGAGUCAGUCCCACUGGAUCAUGGAAUAUAAUCAUGGAAAAAGGAGACGAUGACAUCAAAAUAAAACUAAGAGACCAAUUACUAUCUAUGAUGCGUUAUAUUGGUGAUUUCACAGAAAUUUACUUGCGCAAUCAAAAUGAAAAGUUUACUAAAUGCAAGAAGCUUACAAAUCAUAACCGUAAAAGUAUUACAUUUGAUUUGUACAAAGGUAAGCGUCAGAAACGUUUUCGUAUCAGCAACAAGAAAAAGUACAAACAUUUCGAUUUCCCUGAUUUGCGUGAUGCUUUCAUUAACUUAUUUGAUCCUGAUUCAGACGAUUUUAACGCAUCCCCCAAUAAUGUAACCAAUAUAAGUGAUUAUGAUGAUGCAGAUAAUUGUAAAUGUGCAUGCACAUGUGGGCAUCAUAGGUCACCAUCAUCACAAACUGAUUCAGGCUUGACUAAUAAGAACGACAGAUCAAUGUCCAGCCAGUCAAUAACAUCUUCGAUUGGCAACUUUAGCCUUGAUACUUCAACGUUGACAGCUUACUCAGAGUCUCUAGAUCUGAUAGUGAGUUACAACAGCUUCCAAGACACAAGCUUGUACAGUACCCUGCUUCAAAAAGCGGCAAUUGAAAGAAUCACCUUCUAUGUGCAAGUCCACAGCAUUCAACUGAAAUGUGAGACAUCUGAAUUAGAAUUUGAAUCAAAAAAUGUGAUAACUUUCUCAUGCCCCGCUUGCAAAAGCAUAGAGAACGAAGAAAAUGGCCUUUUGAAACAUAUUCUGAGCCAAAGCCACUGCGAGAAGAUCCAUUUCCUUUACAAAACAGCUUAUAUUAAAAAAUGUGUGUCAGCAGGUAAGGAGAUAAUGCCCAGCACUGUGUUGAAUCCAAUGAAAAUGUACAGGGAUGAUAAUAAAAUUGUGUGUUUUGGUGACGCAAUGUAUGCCUGUUCUUUAUGCUUUGAAAAUUUGAUUGUCGGUGAAUCUAUAUUGAUGGCACAUUGUGCUGAACCAGAGCACAUUGAGAGAAGGCAAAUGCUUUGCGAGAUGUUAGAUUAGGGCAUGUCAGCAUGUUUAUAAUCCUUGUCAUUAGUAAAUGUUAUUUUAUCAACAAAAACUUGUUAUGUCCAUUUUGCAGUGCUUAUGGUUUGUUACCUAAAAAUAAAAGUAAAAUGGUUUGCUGCAAUUAAAAAAAAUGGUAAUUUUUCGUCCAUUCCGCUUUAAUGUUCGUAAUUUUAAUAUCUUGAAACUUGUUCUAAAAUGCUUGAGUAUAUAAAUAUCAUUCAAAUUUGGAAUAUUGUAUGUUUUUUUUUUAUGUAGCGAAAUAUAUUGUAACGUUGUGACUUUACAUAAAAUCUGUCUUCUUUAGAGUGCAUUUAAUUAUUAAUGUUGUUAACAAAUAAUAUUUUUCUAUCUGUAUGUGCAGAGAACUUACAAGUCUUUUUCACAUAAACAUAGCUGUUUUAAACACACUAAUGGCAAGGAUUGCUUACAUAUUAUUUAUUAACUAGAAAGUAGGUAAUUAAUUAUUCUUAAUCAUGAAUUACUGUUAGUUAUUAUAUUAUUAGCGCAUCCAAUUUCUGUAUUUAAAAGUAAGUAGUGCCAAUUCUCCAUGUUUUGUUAAAAAUAAAAACGGGUUCUUUUAAUGUGAACUUUUAAAAAAUACCAUUUGUUGUGCAAUAAUCACGAUGCGCUAACUAAUAAGACUUCCUGUAUUUUAUCUGUGCCCUUUUUUUAUGACUAUAUUCUAUAUUUAUUUACUCUUUUUUACUAUUUAUAUUUCCAGUUGAUUUUUUCUGUAUUGUUAUGUAUAUUUGAACGUCUCUUUUUUAUUCAUAGAAAAAGUGACCAAAUCAUAUCCUGUUGAAUUAAAAUGUUAGGAGAAAAUUAGAUAUUGAAAAACAUGAUUGUGAGCUUUGAAGUUUCUUUUCGUUCAUGUUAAUAAUAUUUUAUAACUGAUUUUUUUUACUUGAAGGUAGCUUUUUAACUUAAUAAAUCUG